AGCGCGCGCGGGUGCCCGUACCGCGCCAUCUUGUCGAACGGCAUUACUAAUUAAACUUUACCCCUAUUGUAACCCUCCUAACCACGAAUUGGACCGUCGAAAUAAUAAUUCAGUGCUCCCAAUUCAAAGACAGUCGAAAAUCCUAUUGAAAUCCCAGCACAGUGGACGUAUUCGUGUUAAAUUGUAGUGGCGGGAAACCGUUUGAUAUCUCGCUUGACGUGUUGUGUCCUAUGUGUACCUAGAGCGAGAGCGGCCGUCUGCCCUAGAGGGCGGUCGACAUGCUGGAUUCGCCGUGAAUCGAUAUUUUGGAGCGUUAUACAGCAAAAAUCAUGAGGUCUGGAGCUCAAUAAAGGGUAGAGGAUGGAAAAUGAGAGAGGUGAACAAUGACAAAAUGUCCCCGCCGCGAGCGAUGACCCUGCACGGCGGAGGGGGGCGCGAGCCGUCGGCGGGGCUAAAGACGCCCCUACACGACCCACCGUCGACGAGCUCCGCGACGCCCGGCCUGCUCCUCCGCUGCCGGGCGAUACUCCUGUGCGCGGCCGUGCUGCGGGUGCGUGCGAACUUUAAUCGAUCAAAAAGACCCCAAGUCAAAUUAAAAGAUGUCGUGACCGUUUUUAGUUUACGAACUAGGACAUUCGUUAUAUCGUUGUUAGUGAAUGCUGUAGUGCAAUUAUUCGUUGUUGCCAAGUGUGUGUGCGUGCGGUGGAUAGUGGUCGCGGUUCUGUUGAGCGUUUCGGGGUGGGGGGAGGCGCGGAGUGAUAAUGACCUGCACAUCGGGGGCAUAUUCCCCAUGGAGGGGGAAGGGGGCUGGCAGGGGGGGCAGGCGUGUAUGCCCGCGGCGGAGCUGGCGCUGGCCGACGUCAACGCUCGCUCCGACCUGCUCUCCGGCUUCAAGCUGCUUCUCCAUAGCAACGACAGCAAGUGCGAGCCGGGUCUGGGUGCCAGCGUGAUGUACAACCUGCUGUACAACCCGCCGCAGAAGCUGCUGCUGCUGGCCGGCUGUUCCACCGUCUGCACGACCGUCGCCGAAGCCGCCAAGAUGUGGAACUUGAUGGUUCUGUGCUACGGCGCUUCAUCUCCGGCGCUGUCGGACCGCGCGCGGUUCCCCACGCUGUUCCGUACACACCCCUCCGCGACCGUCCACAACCCCACCCGGAUCAAGCUGAUGCAGAAGUUCGGGUGGUCCCGCAUCGCCAUACUGCAGCAGGCCGAGGAGGUGUUCAUAUCGACCGUAGAAGACCUUGAGGCGCACUGCAAGAAGUCGGGCAUCGAAAUUGUGACCCGUCAGUCCUUCCUGUCGGACCCGAGCGACGCCGUCCGCAACCUGCGGCGGCAGGACGCGCGCGUCAUCGUCGGACUGUUCUACGUGGUCGCCGCCCGCAGGGUGCUGUGUGAGGUGUAUAAGCACCACCUGUAUGGAAAGUCGUACGUCUGGUUCUUUAUAGGUUGGUACGAGGACAACUGGUUCGAGACGAACCUGGAGCGCGAGGGGAUCGAGUGCACGGCGGAGCAGAUGCGCGAGGCGGCGGAGGGCCACCUCACCACGGAGGCGCUCAUGUGGAACCAGAACGCCAACCAGACCACCAUCUCCGGCAUGACUUCGGAGGACUUCCGGUCAAGACUGAACGAGGCGCUGAGAGAGGCGGGUUACGAUAUCGACGGCGAGAGGUUUCCAGAGGGCUACCAGGAGGCACCACUUGCUUAUGACGCGGUGUGGGCUGUCGCUUUAGCGUUCAACAAAACGAUGGAGAAGUUGGAAAAAAGUGGACUGAGUCUGAAGAAUUUCACGUACACGAACAAGAAAAUUGCAGAUGACAUUUACGAAGCAAUAAACUCCACGUCCUUCCUCGGCGUGUCAGGUCUAGUGGCGUUCUCGUCCCAGGGUGACAGGAUAGCGCUGACGCAGAUCGAGCAGCUGACUGACAACCACUACGUGAAGCUGGGUUACUACGACACGCAGGCUGACAACCUGACGUGGCUCGAGCGGGAGCGGUGGGUUGGUGGCAAGGUACCCCCGGACCGAACGGUCGUAGUCAACGAGUUAAGGACAGUCUCUCUAUCUCUGUUCGCGUGUAUGACCGCGCUGUGCAUCGCCGGCAUUCUGGCCGCCAUAGCGCUCAUAAUAUUCAACAUCAUGCAUCGACAUAGAAGAGUGAUCCAGUGGUCUCACCCCGCCUGCAACACCGUGAUGCUGUGCGGCUGCUGCGUGUGCUUCGGGUCGGCCAUCGCCCUGGGCGUGGACGGCAGAUGGGUCACGCCGCACCAUUACCCUGGACUUUGUGCGGCGCGCGCCUGGCUCCUGGCUACUGGCUUCUCCAUGGCAUACGGCGCCAUGUUCACCAAAGUGUGGCGGGUGCAUCGACAUACGACGAAACCUAAGCCGGAUACUAAGAAACGCAUGCACGGCUGGAAGCUGUACACGAUGGUUGGGGGUCUGCUUAUGGUGGACGUGGCUAUCCUAACGGCGUGGCAGCUGAGGGACCCCCUGCAGAGGCGGGUCGAGAUCUUCCCCCUGGAGGCGCCUAGUCAUAACGACGACGAUGUACAUAUACGACCCGAGUUGGAGCACUGCGAGAGCGAACAUAAUACCGUGUGGUUGGGCGUGAUGUACGGGUACAAAGGGCUGGUCCUCGUCUUCGGCCUGUUCCUGGCGUACGAGACGCGCUCGGUGAAGGUCCGCCAGAUCAACGACUCCCGCUACGUCGGCAUGAGCAUCUACAACGUGGUGGUGCUGUGCCUCAUCACGGCGCCGGUCACCCUGGUCAUCGCCAGUCAGCAGGACGCGGCCUUCGCGUUCGUGUCGCUCGCGAUAGUGUUCUGCUGCUUCCUGAGCAUGGCGCUGAUUUUUGUGCCGAAGGUGAUAGAGGUGAUCCGGCACCCGACGGAGCGAGUGGAGCCCCGCGGCUCGGGGUCGGGUUCCGCCCCCGCCGACGAGGAGCGCUACCGCGAGCUGGUGCAGGAGAACGAGGACCUGCAGAAACUCAUCGCCAUUAAAGAAGAGAGGAUACGCGUGCUGAAACAGAAGUUGGCUGAGAAGGAGGCGGCGGCAGCAGACGGUGUUACCCAAGGUACGGUGAUCGCAGACCUCGCCACUGCUACGUCCGACUACGGCACCUCCACCAACUACACCAGAUCCUCACGAGCCUCCGUCUCCGACCUUGACUUCUCUGAGAGCUACCUAUAAACAGAAUUGGCAAUAGUCA